AUGUCCGAUCCGAGUGUCAGCGAGCGAAGAAUACGUCCGAUUCAAGAUGCUAUUGCGAGCGCAAACUGGAAGCAGGCGCUACAACUUUGCGACAAAUGGUUCAAAAAGGGCGAACGAUCUGACAGGUUUCUGGCCUUGAAAGCCUUCGUCCUUGUCAACCAACAAGACAAAGCCCAACAUGACCGAGGCCGAGGAGAGGUCUUCGACCUGUGCAAGCGCACGCCUCCCAUUACAGAACCAGAGGCCAUCUACCAACUCCAACAUGCACUUAAAAGUCUGUCGCUACACGAAGAGAGCCCCAAACUCUGGGAAAGAGCCCUCAGUGCCAACAAGGAUGAUAAGGAUUUGUAUAUGAGAUGGCUCAACCAAGCAGUGGCAGAUAACAACUGGAGGAGUGCUCAAAAGGCCACCAUGGGUUUGCGGAAUUCCUUCUCCAAGGAAAGAGACUACGACUUCUGGAAUAUCCUCAUGUGCUAUCUGAUACACAUGCAACAAGACCUUCCUGACAAGGACCGCACCCUGUUUGGGACGCUUGCAUACCGCAUGAUAUCAAAACUCGCCGAAGCAGUACCUAAGAACGAGGAGGAAGCCUCGUCCUCCGGAAAGGCGAUCUCGGUGCCGGAGGAGAUUGCGUUAUUGGUACAGGUUCUCAAUUCCACGGGCCAUGUUCAGGAGUCUGUCAAGCUUUUGCAGGGACCAUCCUUGAACAUGGAAUCUCGGAUCGGCAAGCAGGAUCCUCAGUUGGUACUAACUUUGCUGCUCGAAUCUCUGGAAGUUUCGGAACAAUGGGACGAGGCUCUCAAUGUAUGUCAGAAUCUGCUGUCGAAAUCUGAACACCAGUCGGAUGACCGGAUAUGGAACCUUUGGGCGACAUCACGAUCCAAAUUGUCGUGCAACGAGCUGGGGGCAAAAUCCAAAGAGCUCCUUGAUUCUGUUUGCACUAUCAGGCCGAUUGUCCGAGCGGCUUACCUCGCAAAGUUGAAUCUUCAGCGAACUCGGAACGACGAAGCAGAGCUAGACGCUCUACUUGAAACUUGCAAAGAGUAUUUUGAAGCGUUUUCAUCCAAAGGAUUUUGUUUCGACGAUUUGAAGAGACCUCUUCGGCGACUUGACCAGCCUCGUUUCGACCGAUUCAAGCAAACAGUUUCUGACCAUGAAGGGAACCUAGCACAGCUGUUCAACCUAAUGCUUUCGUACAGCUCACUUCCACCUGAUGCUUCCCAAUCGGACCUUCUCGCUUUUGCACGCAGGACGCUACAAAGAUACCAGACUUCUCUGUCCGAAAGCCCUCCAUGCCCUGAGGCUGCUCUUCUCGCAGUUCUGGCAAUCCUCCGACUCGGUAACAACGAAAGCUCACCGUCAGUCGCCAUCUUCGCCGCAAUUCUUCUUCAAAUUGCCCGCUCAAAGUUUGAGGAUUAUUAUAUUCUGACGAUUCUGCUUGUUCAGCUCCAGUCUCAUCUCGGACUGCUCUCCUUGGGUAUGGAGAACUUUGUGAAACUCAGUGUCAAGAAUCUUCAAUGGGAAACAGCUGGUCAUUUGAUCCUCACAAGAAUAUCAUCGUUGCACCCAGCCCCUACUGCGGAAUUGCAGCAGGAUUUUGAACCACUUUUGGCCCUCGAAACAGGAUUGACAGUUCUCGAGAAUGCGGACAGUGCCUUGGUGCGAGGAAUCCGUGAAGGGUUGAGAUUCAACAGCUACUCAAACAUCUAUAACAGCGUCAAGAUGCGUUCGGACAUCGAAGGCAGCAUGAAUAAACACAUCUAUGCCAUCGAGGAACGGAAAAUCCGACGCUGGCGGGAGGAGCCUUACGACCACACGAUCUUGCCGCUAACCGAUUCUUCAAAGGCACUUGUGGACAAGCGGGAUUUUGGGUAUAUGCCUAACUAUCGCGACGAUGAUACUCAGUUACUGGCGAAGUUUCGAUGUGGACCUCUCCCGAAAGAAAGAUGGAUUAAUGCCAUGGCGCUUUUUGACAGCGUGGCUACCUAUUUGAAAGUAGAACUGGCGUCGCAAACUUCGUUGGCAGCUACGGCAUACGACAAUCUGAAGCAGGCGCAAAAACGCCUAUCAUGGUCCACGGCUGAACGGGACACACCAGCGGAAAUGACAAAAAUCGAACGAACAAACCUGGAAUGCCACAGGAUUCUCGCCCAAGCGAUAGUUAUGUUCAAAGAGGGAAGUAUCAGCACCGCUCCUGCAUCUCGACAAGACAAAACCAAAACUCUUCCAGAUCUCCUCUCGGAUCUCAAAGGCUGGCUUUCAUCCACCCUCACGGACCACAGGGACAAUCCUGCUGGAUCAAGCAUCGCAGGGAUCCGCGUGCCAACAUGGGAAGAUCUACACAGAAGCUUCACACAACUCGAGACGCUGCAAGUCAUCGCCAACCUCAUUUCCUUCGUAUCCAAGAAACCGCAAAAGCAGGCCAAAUCCUCCAAGGCCGUUUCCGAACCGAUUUCCAAGGAGAUGAUAUCUGAAAUACAGUCGGUUGUGGUCGAACUUGAGGGCGAGAUCCACAGAGAAGCCCGCGAAUUGAAAUCGGCCAUUAACGAGCCCGGCGUGUUGGGUAAGCUUGUAGAUCUGGGCAUGGUUCGACGUGGCAGCGGUGACGAUGGGAGUGGUACCGAAGUAGACCGUUUGUUGCCUGGUGAUGAGAAAUGGGAGAGUUUGAUGGAAAGUCUCUGUGACGAAGUCAUGAUGGAGACGAUAUGUGGGGGGAUCAAAGAUAGCUGGGAUGAGGCUCUCGAUGGGGUUUUGGGUGCAAAGGGGAAGAUUAGAAUCGGGAAGUAA